CAAGUUAUUCGUGUUCGGUUCGACUAAUAAAUAUGAUAUAGCUGAAUUAGGUUAGGUCCUUGUGCCUGCCCUCAAUGGUGUACCUGUCAAGAUUGUUUUUAACUGUGAAAACCUCUACUGCUAGAUCAUUGUGCUGUUUUUAAAAACUUUUCUGGAGGAUCAGAUUUUUCAUGGUUUUGGCCAAACUUCCAAAAGAUUAAUUGCAUGAUUAGUGGCUAAUUAAGUGAGAUUUAGGUCUAUACACCUACCAUAGAUAAAGAUAAUGCAUGAAUCCAAGUACGGACAAACCAAAAGAGUGGUGAAAGCUACUGUGUUUUGUAAAAGUGUAACCAGUUUAUAUCCGAGAAUAUGAUCAUAAUCUUAAGAGGGGAGAUUAGGGCAUCCUCAUAAAAAGUCAUGGGAAUUGGAAAAGUUAGUGUUUUAAAAUUGCAUAAUCAAGUUGAUCAAGUAAGCGAAAUUUGGAUGCCAACCCUACCUAAUAACCCCCCACAGUCCUCUCAAUCAUCACCAGCUGCUCUAAACCCUCUGGGCUGUACCGGCUGGUAGAGUUUUGGUACGGUGGCAAGUAGCCAACCGCCAUCUACAUGACACAACAGCAGCAUCCUCCAAAAAACCUUGCUAGGGAACUUAAAGGAGUUAAUUCCUUCCAAUGGAGAAUGGAGGUCAUACAAAGUUUGAGCUUACCGUAAAGCAAGGAGUGCCAACUCUAGUUCCUCCGGCAGUGGAGACCAAAAAGGGCCUUUACUUCCUCUCCAACCUUGACCAGAACAUAGCGGUGAUAGUUCGCACUAUUUACUGCUUUAAAUCAGAGGAGCAAGGCAAUGAGAAAGCGGUGGAAGUGAUCAAGGACGCUUUGUCGAAAGUUCUAGUCCACUAUUACCCUCUUGCUGGACGGUUGACGAUUAGUCCCGAGGGGAAGUUGAUAGUGGAUUGCACUGCGGAAGGUGCUGUUUUUGUUGAGGCAGAAGCAAAUUGUACAAUGGAAGAGAUAGGGGAUAACACAAAGCCUGAUCCUGUGACCCUUGGGAAGCUGGUUUAUGACAUUCCUGGUGCCAAAAAUAUACUUGAAAUACCUCCUCUGGUGGCUCAGGUGACUAAGUUCAAAUGUGGAGGCUUUGUUCUUGGGCUAUGCAUGAACCACUGCAUGUUUGAUGGGCUUGGUGCCAUGGAAUUUGUGAACUCGUGGGGCGAAACCGCCAGAGGCCUACCUCUCAAGGUCCCUCCAUUUCAAGACAGAACCAUUCUCAAAGCCCGAAACCCACCAAAGAUCGAAUUCCCUCACCAAGAAUUCGCUGAGAUCGAUGACAUAUCAUACACUUCUGAUCUCUACAAAGAAGAAAUGCUUUACAGAACCUUCUGUUUUGACCCUGACAAGCUCGAACAACUCAAGGCCAAAGCAAUGAAAGACGGGGCACUAACUAAGUGCACUUCAUUUGAAGCCCUUUCUGGAUUUGUAUGGAGAGCCAGAAGCAAGGCUUUGAAAAUGAAGCCGGAUCAACAGACGAAGCUCCUAUUUGCUGUCGAUGGGCGAGCUAGAUUUGACCCCCCAAUCCCACAAGGGUAUUUUGGCAAUGGAAUUGUUUUAACCAAUUCUGUCUGUGCUGCAGGGGAGUUAGUUGAGAACCCUCUGUCUUUCGCCGUAAAACUAGUCCAAGAGGCGAUUCAGUUAGUUACCGACGGUUAUAUGAGAUCAGCUAUAGACUAUUUUGAGGCAACAAGGGCUAGGCCUUCUCUGGCUGCAACCCUUCUGAUCACUACUUGGUCUAGAUUAUCUUUUCACACUACGGAUUUCGGGUGGGGGGAGCCUAUCUUAUCGGGUCCCGUGGCCUUGCCUGAAAAGGAGGUGAUUCUGUUUCUGUCUCAUGGGAAAGAGAGGAAAAGUGUCAACGUGCUUCUCGGAUUGCCAGCUCCGGCUAUGGAAAUCUUUGAACAGCUUGUGGAGAUCUAGAAGCAGCAAAAUUUGGUUCACAAAAUUAUUGUUACAAUCAUUGUGUUAUUUGUUUCUUUUCAGUCUAUUUUAUUGAGACCUUAAAAGGGUACUUCAUGCCUGAAGAUUCCAACAGAGGAGGGGAAAACAGUAUGUUUAGAGCAAUUCCAUUUAAUUGUGAGGGUGGAUGGCUCUGUCAGGAACAUAAGGGUAGAAGAGCUUGAAAUCUAUGUCUCCUGUUUGUAAUUUUCAUUGUUUAUUUUAUUUGGAUGUAUUUGAAGGUUUUAUAUUUUGGUUUAUGGAAUUGAUCAAUACCUGAACAUUACAAGCAUUGUUUA